AUGAAAGAUGGAACGUGGAAUCCUCAAGAGGCCGACUGUGGUGUUCCGCCUGGACAUGUUAAUGUCACAACUCUACCUUACGUUCCUGCUAACUGGAGCGUAUUACAUUCAGAACCGAUUGACUUUUCGGGAUUGGGUCAAUUCAAUCGACACAGUAGUCGUCCCCAGUCCCCAUUGGAUAAAUGGGGAGGCGUGGCACGUGUCCAGGUCGGGUGUAAUGCUAGGUGCUGGCAACAUCUCGACAUAGCUAGUUCGAUUUCAGCACCUCUUCGACAUGGAGAUAUGGGUGUCGCGAUAGUCACACUCUCUGAACUGAUAUUUUCCCACAUAAAACGUGAGUUUACGCUCACUGAGGUAGCUAGUCACGUCGGAGAUGCUUUCCAGCAAUGGCGAGAUCGGGAACAAGGCUUUGACAUUAGGGUAUACAUCAUCGGAGCAAGUUAUGCUGUGCCUGGCAAGCCAUCAGAGAGCCGUAUUGCGAACGCCUCCCGCGUGAUGGCAAUAACAAAGCAAAUAUCAAACUUCACAGGUAGUCUCUCCGGCAUCAAGGCCAGCAUAUCUACGGUUUUUUAUCGUCAUGAGGCCAAUGACGAAUAUGUAUCCACUACAGUUCAUGUCUUGUCUAGAAGGUGCUAUAAAGAUUUGAGAGUAUACAAUGUGGACCGGCAAACAGACUUGUGGAUCCAGGGGGUGGACACUAACAUCUUUUAUGAAACCUUGCAUGGGGAUUCUUCAGCAAUUUAUCCUCCUGUGAAGGCGGCAAUUCAACCUGAGAAGUACGAAUUGGAGGUUAUGCGGGCAAUGUUCCCGGGAUGGGAACCGCCAUCAGAGUCGUCAGAAGAGUCACCACAACAGUAG